AUGGCUGCUGCGACGCAACGUCGUCGUCGUCGCUGCUGCCCGACUCCAGCAGCAUGGACGGCGGCCUUCCUCGCACCAACCCCUCCAUCAGCAUCAGCGACGACGGCAUCCGCAACCACGCUGGAUCAGAGCAACAGCGGCGGCGGCGAUCACAAGUCGAGUGGCCGUGCUGCUGGAGGAUCUGGCUCAACGGGACUGGGCUCGAACGGCGCCGCUGGAUCGCCUGCAGCUGCUGCUGCUGCUGGGUUUGGACUGAAGGACGGCGGCGAAUCGUCCCGCCAGGAAGUCCUCAACAAUCUCAACCAGUGGCGGAUGGCGACUGCAGACGCUGCCGCGGCGUGGACGGCUGCGACUGCCGCGAACGAGCUUGGCAUGAUUGACUUGGCUGGUGCUGCAUCAUCGUCCGACCUCACCCGGAGCAAGCGACCAAGAUUGGGCCAAGACGGAGAUCUGAGCGAUGAGCAUCCAUCAUGGGCGUCCGCGUUGAUCAUGUCGACGGCCGCCGACGUCGACGACGGUGGUGACAUUGGCGGCCGAUCGCCAGGUUCAAGUCGACCGGCAACACCCAGCGUACCCAUGGACACUGACCACCAGGAUGAUGCUACCGCAGGCGCAAUGACAAUGGGUACACCGUUACUAUCCCGGUCACUGUCCGUCUCGUCCCUCAUCGGAGGCGUGGCUGGGACGACGCGAAUCAAGCACCGACAGUCGGCCUACACGGAUCUCGUCUCCAGCGUGCUGCUGGGCGACCAGGAGGUCCCGGCGAUCGUUGACACACGGAGAGCACGCAGACAACGCGCCUUGGCAGUGCAUGUCGUCCUCCAUCUGGGCCUCUCGCUCGAGUACAUUUGCGGAUCGAUCGAGCCGCUGACGCAGGCGCGACUCAUGGGUGAAUGUGCACACUUUCUGCCCGAGCAGUUGCAGCACUUGCAAACACUGACCGUUGCGUUGCUCGCCAAGUCGCUCUUGGUCAAGCCGGCCGCCGUUCCAGCGCCCUCAGUCUCCAUCAUUCCUCCCGCUGCAGCAGCAACAUCAACAACAACAGCAACAGCAACAGCAACAGCAACCGGCAUAACCACUCCAACAUCGUCCUCCACUGCUCCUGGAAUACCUCUGCCACCCGUGCCCAAUCCUUCCGCCACCGCGUUGUUUGGGUUAUCAGCCAGCGAAUUCCUCGAAGCGCUCGAAGCCGUGCCAAUCUCCACCCUGACGAGCUUCUUGCCAGAGUAUCCAAACAUGCUGGCCCACCGAUGGAUGCUCAAACUCGGCAACAACCGUCGUCUGACGCUCGACUGCCUCUCGGCGCUCCCCGCCCUCUACGAUCCUGCGUCGCCAAUGUUCAUCUUCAAGGACACGCCACCCAUGGGACCGGCUCCUGUUGGUGCCGUGCGCGUUGGGGCAAGCGGGCAUCCAAACUCGGCCACGUUCGUGUCUCGGGCCUGCCGGGUCGCCGAGAGCUCGCUGGAGACCUACCUCGACGCCUAUUGGUACUCGACACAGCCCAAUUUCGACGAGGCGGUGCAAACUAUUCUUGACCGCGCGAUCGUCAAGCUCGGGAAUCUGCUUCCUGAAAACAUUGCGGGACACGAACUCUGGUCGGUCUUGCGAAGCCAUCUCUGUCAGCGGUUGCAAGCACUCCACACACUGCACGUCUUUCAAAUCUUGUAUGAGCUCGGGUCUUUCCGGUUUCAGCAAUCGCGCCUGGAGCCCGCCUUGAAGGUGUUUGUGCAAGCCGCCACUGUGGCUAGCUUGCCCUCGUUUGCCGACUUUGCCCAGCUGGACUCGGCCAGUAUUCGCGCACGUCUUGCUCUCACAUUUUCACGACAAGAACGGAGCCCAAGCGAUGCUGAUCGGGAAGACAGCGGUGACCCCAUCACCACUGUUCUCGGCCGCGCCGUGCACCUGUUUUCGGGCUUGUCUGCUUCUUCAUACAUGUCUCUUGGUCGCAUUGCCAGUGAUGCUGAUAGCAAAGCGUAUGCUCUGCGCGCUAGACGAAAAGGCCAGACUGCUAUGACGCUCGUAGGCGGCGAAGGAGCCCGGCCAAAGUUGCCGUCCACAGCCUUCCCUUUUGCGUGGCCUCUCGUCACGGCGGAUGCAGCUGUAGUUGACGGUUUUAUCUCUGCGUGCAAAGCCAUGCUGGCACAGUCACACUUGUCGCCCUUCUCCUCGACCCAAUCAGCGGAACCACCAAGCUCCCUGGCUGAAGCUGUUUCUGGCAUGCUCCUCUCUUCCGCCGGCGCUGCCAACGGGUUGCGUGACUUUUUAAGCGAGGACAAGCCUGCGCCAUUCAGCUGUCUCGAUGACCUGGCUCUGCUUUCUCGCUCGCCAGCGAUUGAAACUACCAAGCCGUCUGUUGCUCGCCCCAGUCGGGUCCUUCCGCAGUCAACGUCGUCGUCGUCGCACUCACACAAUGGCCACGCAACUAAGGGCAUGUCGGCUCAAGAGCGAGCGCGGGCCGCAGCCACCCACCGGAAACGUCUUGUCGAGCUGCGUCAAGAUUUGGCGCGACAAGCGCUCAUCGCUUCAAACCGAACAAGCACCCAAGGGGUGGAGGACCAAGCAUUGCCACCCGUAGAAAUCGGUUCCGAUCUGCUCCUGCCCGUUGCCCAGGCACGUGCGUUUUGGGACUUGACCCACACCAUGGAGCCGGAGGUUGCAUGUCGCUCAUUGCGCGCCAUUUUUAGGCUGCCCGACUCGGACAGUGUGACUGUAGCCCUGCUGAGCUACUUGGACACCCUGGUCGCAGACUCUGUUACAAAGUCUAUUGUCGAUGCCGCAGGCCCCAAAUUCACACUUGCAGGGCUUCUUGGUGGCUCACCGAGCUGGAGCUCGCUGCAGUCCCAAGCCAACGCCGUUGCAGCCUUCGUCCUCGUCGUCAAGGCCGGUCAGGCGCGCGCGGUUGGUUCAUUGUCUACGGCUGCCGCGCUUUUGAAUUUUGCGACGCAGAUGCUCGUCAACCAUGAGAACAAACCAGACUCGGCAGUAUUGGCUUGGCUCCGUUUCCUUGUUCAAGCCGCACCGCGAGCUUGUUCAUUCGACGCGAACGAAUGGUCCUUUGCUGCUAGCAGUCCUUCGACUGCGUCCACGUUCCAGCUUUGGCUUGCUGUGGAAUGGAUUAUGCUUUCGCGAGAGUGUACUUUGAAGCAACACCCAUGCGGCGCGCUGGCAUUACGCCUGGCGCACGCCAACGAGAUUGUUGCAUCGUCGGGGUGCUGUCGCUGCUGCCUGUCGCUGGGUGGGUCACAGCUCGUAUUCGAUCACGAGAACACGCCGGACAGCGCUGCGGGCAUUGUGUUUGCUGUGGUGAACGAAAUGUCGAGCCCGCAGUCAACGAUGGCGCUCUCACCACUAGCAGUGUUUGGAUUCCUGGGCUAUGCCGUGGAUCAUGGUGCGAUUGGAGUCUUUCGGCAACUCGAAGACGUGGUCAACCGUUCAUCCGAAGCACUUUCCUUCCGCUCGGCUCUUCCAGCCCUUCGCGUGCUGUGCCACCAUUCCUGGCACGCCCUCUCCGCCGCCUUGGACUCUGAGGCAUCCCAGACGCACAACGCUCGCGCUCGCGAAGCGAGAGCACGGAUGGUACGUUUCCUCGAAGGCCAGCAACGCACCCAGCCAGUUCCUGCGCUGGAUCUGAACGCACUGCACACCGAGAUUGUGUCCUGUUUGCCGCUUGUAUCGUGGUUUGUGACUGGGGCGUGCGUGACGGCGCCAGUUCUUUCCAGGGUGCUCUUGACCGUGGCGCGUGAGUUUAACCUGCAGCACGCGCAACAAAGUGCCGCGCCCGAGGAGCAAACUCCAGUGCAAUCCGUCUGCGCCAUUAUUGGCACACUCCCACUGCCGGCAUUGCUGCCCGUCCGGCCCUAUUUAUCUGCCGAAGGCUUGCCAAGCGCUCGAGUGCAACCUGUUCGGAAAGCGAGCGCACUCGACAGUUCGCCGCCGCUCGCCUCCUCCAAGUUGACUGGCGCUACAUUGCUGACCGCGAUGGAGUCGCUGCUGCAUGCUGGUCUCGCCAGCUCACCGUGCCAUCCCAACUUUUUGAUUGGUCUUGCCGAUGUGCAAUUUGCGCGCGGUCGCACUCACUCUGCCCUCAGCCUGUACCUUGCGGCUGGUCGCGCUGUUUCCGGCAACUUUGUGACCCUGCCGCCAAACUGUUGGUCGAGCGGUGUGCUCGGACGGAUGGUUCUCUGUAGCAUUUCACUCGGCUGGUUGAUGGAUGCCUUGAUUCUCUGCCAGCUUCCUCUGGCCUGGCCGUGGUUGCAUCCCGAGGCGGCCACAAAGAUUCGGGAGAACGAGCGGUCUCGUGCGAGUCGUGCACUGCCAGACUCCAACUAUCCGUCGCAGCACUCGACUCCCUACCUCUUUGACAACACUGCCACUCCUGGAUUCUACUUGGGCCCUGCCUUCCGCGCUCUUGGCGAGUUUCUCGUGGAAGGUGCCACCACCCCCAUGAACACUUUGGCAGAUCUCCCGUUGCAGCUUGGCGGCCCUGCCCCGUCCAGUACCGUCCCUAGCAAUGUUCCAUCAUCGCGUCCUGCAAACUCGACGCCCGAGUCAACCCAAAAGUCUUCCGAGCCGUUUGGCGCCGUGUCGAGCAGCGACACACUUGGCGCCAACAUUGCCGGCUUGUCCACUGCGUUCUGGUGCUUGCGCCAAGUUCGGCUCGGAGACGUGCCCACGGAACUGUUUGCCUCCGUGUGGCAUGUGCAGCUUUUGGAGGCUGUCGCGAACGUGCUGCAUUUCACCGGCGACGAAGGCCGAGUGGCGUUUUUGGCUUCGGCUCUCAACCGUCCCGAGCUCAAUGUCAACACGGCACUGAGCGUCCGGCUCACUGCCAUCGAGGCGCUCACGAAAACACAUCUCCGUGGUUUGUGCAGCAGGUUGCAACUGUAG